AGCAUUGAAUGACAGCUACUCAAAAGGGCCUUUUGGCCCUGUCAAUAGUGCUCAUACUGGCUGGAUUAGGACUGACGAUAGCUGGUUUAUUCUCUCCAGCAUGGCAAGUGGUCGAUAUCCGAGAGUUUAGGGCAGAGCAUCAGCAUGGCUUAUGGUGGGACUGCAUCAGAGCCGAAAAACAUGUCGUUGCAGUGGGCGACUUUUACGAUGAGACACCUCUGCAUUGUAUGUACAAAUUCGAUAACUCAGCUGAAAUGGUAAUCGAAAAUACGCUGAAUAAUAUCGACGAAGAUGGCGCUGCUGGUGAAAGUGAACAUCAUCGGUUUUGGGGUUGGCACAAAGCUGUUCUGUUUUUUAUUAUUACUUCACAAAUACUUGCAUUUAUUUCUAUAUGUACUGGAGUUUGUGCUCCAUGUUUUCCUCCAACUGCCUUCGUAUUCACGAUCUCACUCUUUAUAGCCUUAAUUUGUUCCCUUAUUGCUGAUGGUGUAUUUUUCUUGGCAGCAAAUCGUGUCGAUAAUCGUUUUGUACAAGGAAUGGUAGGAACCUAUGAGCAACGCAUCGGCUAUGCAUUUUAUUUGCAUUUAUUGGGCACAUUAUGCUGGGCUCUGGCCUUUAUUUGUGCUCUCACCACCACGUACAAAUUCAUAAGUGGUCGAGGACCUAGUGGCAGCCACGAACUUCGAGUCCCACGCGAAGAGCCCCUUCUCUCCAAGUACCCGUCAUCGCAAGGCUACCGACCCUCACCUCAGCCAGCCUUCAGGCCCUCUCCGAUCAUGCCCAACUACCGAGAGACAAGUGCCUAACCAACCCACUGCUCAUCAUUUUCAUUCCUCAUUUAUUUUUCUCCUCUCUUUCGUGCUUCUCAUUUCUUCAUAAUUUGUGUAUGUGUUUUAUGCAUCAGUAUUGCCAUCGCCUCUCUUGACUAUGAUCUUUCUUCGUAGUGCGGAUGCUGACUUUAUGCAAAUGUGCAGCCUCAGUUCCAGGUGAAUGUUUCCUUUUUAUGUUCAUAGCUUUUAUGUUAUCUACUUGAGAAAUUUUUGUUAUUUAGAAUAACGCUGUUGAGCUGUUUCAUUACUUUAUGGAGAUUUUUUGAUUUUCCUUGGUCUCAUGUAAGUGAUGUCUGUGAAUAAAG